AUGAGGAUAAGGCGCCUAUCUGCGUUUUUUUGGGCGACAUGUAUAAUAGCGUUUAUUUUUAUUCUCUAUGUGGUAACUGAUCUUACAUUUAAAUUACCCAGCAUAAAACCUGCUAUGGUGGAAUUUGAUGAUAGCAAAUGGUCAUCAUUUGAAUCAAAGCUUCGCCACAUUGAAAAUGAACUAAGUGAACAUCAUGCUGUUGUUGGUGAAAUUAAAACGGCUAUGGAUCAGAUUGUUGACCAAUCGUCUGAUAACCAUUAUGUAAAAAAGCCAAGGAUCAUGAAGAAACAAUCUAAAUUGAGAGAAUUUAAAGUUGUUGGAGAUGAACCUCCUAGGAUGCCGUUUAAAACUAAAAUGAACAUGUCUUAUUGUCCUAUUAACCAGCAGACAUCUAAAACAGAUAUACAGAUGUUAUCAAUUUAUGAGCGAAUAACCUUUGAUGAUAAAGAUGGAGGUGUGUGGAAGCAAGGAUGGGAAAUUGAAUACAAAGAAAACCAAUGGAGCAGCAAAAAUAAGCUAAAAGUCUUCAUUGUCCCCCACUCUCAUAAUGACCCAGGUUGGUUAAAGACAUUUGAGAAUUACUACAAGACACAAACAAAAGCAAUAUUUACAAAUAUGGUUGAAAAGUUGAUGGAGGGUAUAGGAAGAAAGUUUAUUUGGGCCGAGAUUAGUUUUUUAUCUCUGUGGUGGAACUCGGAUGCUACAGAGAAAGAGAAGGCAGCUUUCAUUAACUUAUUAAAAGCAGGAAAAAUAGAAAUAGUCACUGGAGGAUGGGUAAUGAAUGAUGAAGCUAACUCACAUUGGCUGGCCAUAAUCCAACAGCUGACUACAGGCCACCAGUGGUUGACGGAAAACCUGGGCUAUACUCCCAGGAACAGCUGGGCAAUUGAUCCCUUUGGUCAUUCCAGUUCACAGCCAUAUAUUCUUAAGCUGGCAGGAUAUGAAAACUCCUUGAUACAACGAGUACAUUAUAGGAUUAAGAAGGAGUUAGCUUUGAACAGACAUUUGGAAUUUAAAUGGAGACAGUUGUGGGAUGGCGUUGGCAAGACCGACAUGUUCACUCACAUGAUGCCAUUUUAUUCAUACGAUGUUCCUCACUCUUGCGGCCCUGAUCCUAAGAUUUGUUGUCAAUUCGACUUCAAAAGAUUACCCGGUAAUGGUGUUACUUGCCCGUGGAAAAUAGGACCAAAGAAAAUCAUUCAGAAAAACGUUGGUGAAAGAGCCUCAUUGAUUUUGGACCAGUGGCGUAAGAAAGCGCAAUUGUACCGCAGCAACGUAGUUCUGUUUCCCCUUGGGGACGACUUCCGUUACGAUCGCGCUAACGAAUGGGACCACCAGUAUCAAAACUAUGAGAUGCUCAUAGACUAUAUCAAUAAUAAUGACGCUUGGAAUACAGAGGUGCAAAUUGGCACUCUCAACGAUUAUUUCAAAGCUGUACACGAAGAAAUGAAACUGUCAGACUUCCCCGUGCUGUCUGGGGAUUUCUUUACGUAUGCGGAUCGGAAUCAACACUACUGGAGUGGUUAUUUCACAUCUAGACCCUUCUACAAGAACAUGGACAGAGUACUAUUGGCUUAUUUGAGAGCCGCGGAAGUGAUUACAUCUCAGGCCAUAUCUUCGAACUCUGUGACUUACAUCCUGUCGCUGCAACUGCGAGACCGCGUGGAGCAGGCUCGGCGUGCUCUGGCCCUUUUCCAGCAUCACGACGGAGUAACAGGCACCUCGCGAGAUGACGUCGUCGUUGAUUACGCUAAAAAGAUGCAUCAAGCAAUCAAGAAUAGCCAAUCAGUGAUCCAGCAGGCAGCUUAUUACCUUCUCAAGCAACCGGUCGUCCAAGACCAAACGCAAGAAGAUAUAUACUUCGAAGUGGACGACAUCUGGCGGAAGCACGACGAAAUUCCAGCUCGGAUUACGAUAGCCUUAGACGAAGUGUCUCCUUCGCGCAGAAUCGUUUUGUAUAACGCGCUUGCGUUCAAACGGCACGACAUCCUCACUGUGUUUGUGUCGUCGCCUCAUGUUGGGGAAGUGUUCGACCCUGAAGGCAAUCCAAUCAUGGCGCAAAUAUCUCCCGUGGUGUCAGGAGAGUCACGGCUUGGAUUCGCCGCGAAUAAAUUCCAGUUAUCGUUCCCAGUCACAGUGGACUCUCUAGCCAUCACCGUCUACAGCGUGUCGUUGCGGGACAGCAUGAGUCUGAACAAGUAUACGUCAUUCGCCCGAGUGCGCGUAUACAACGCGGACUAUUGGAACAUUGACCUGCCAAAGAUGUUCCCAAUCGAACAACCGACUGCCAGACUAUCGGAAGACGUCACGGUACAGGCAGGGAACAGCACCCGCAUACUCUGUAAUAAACACGGCCUCAUCAAAGCCAUUGUAUCCACGGAUGGAAGGACCACGCCCGUACAUAUGGAUUUUGUACAAUAUGGAACUCAAAAGAUGAUAGACAACAACAGUGGCGCGUAUCUUUUUAUCCCGGAUGGUCCAGCGCAGCAGUUUAAUUUAGAUGCAUACCCAGAACUGGUCAUCACUGAAGGACCCUUCAAAGCUACGCUGUAUUCAGCGUUAGUUGGGCCUAGAGCUGCUGAAGUUAUUCUUGCUGUAUCUGUAUACAAUAACCCAUCGCUGCUGCAAAGUGAGGUGGAAAUCAGCAAUACGCUGAUGAUAGAUCCAAAAGUAGACGACCUUGAACUAGCUAUGAGGUUCUCUACAGGGAUUAAGAAUGGAGACGUCUUUUAUACUGAUGUUAACGGUAUGCAGAUCAUUAAGCGUCGCUACUUCGAAAAGCUUCCGAUUCAAGCGAAUUUCUACCCUCUCGGCGCAAGCGCAUUUAUUGAGGACGAAAGCACUAGGCUUACCGUUCUCACGUUAACGCCGCUAGGUGUCGCUGCGUUGCAGCCUGGGCAAAUGGAAAUCAUGCAAGACAGACGCUUAUCGCGCGAUGACAACCGCGGUAUGAGCCAAGGCGUACUGGACAAUGUUAGGACGCGACACACUUUCAAGUUGAUCGUUGAACGUGCUCAUUCGCCUUGCUCUGCCAAGCCGUUCGAGCAUCCCAGCGGUUACUUGACACUAGGAGCACACGUAACCCAACAGAUGUUGCUACAGCCCCUCAUCACGAUGCAUUACACAGCGAAUGAGAAUACCCCACGUCCUACUUAUUCGCGCUCUAUCGUCAAUGCGGCAGAUAUUGUCCUAGCCUCCUAUCGGUCACACGUCGCUGUUAAGAAUAAAGACAGCUCGACCUACCAAGGUAUGGGAAUGACGCUACAGCGAGUACACUUGGAUACCUGCUAUGGAAACGCCGCCAUUUCUACAUGGUACCCAAAAGGGGAUGGACAAGUACAAUUAACGGAUUUAGUAGACGUACAACCGGAGAGAGUGUUCGACAGCUCCCUAACAUUCCUUCACAUACGUAACCCAGUCUCUGACGCCACAAUCGUCCUCUGCCCGAUGGAAGUGAGAUCAGUCUUCAUCAAUCAAACAUUGAAACACGGCUGA